GUCACUUCUCGCCACUCGGUGCUGGCCAGAGCACGGGGCUGAGCGGGAGAGAGUUAAAAAGGGGAAAACUCGCACCGGAUUUUCUUCCGGGCGACUUUCUCAGGGUCAACGUGAGGUCAAAUUUUGAUGCUCAAAUCUUCAGGAAUUUUCCCCUUUGUGUGGUAUUUUUUUCUGGACACUUACAACUGCGCUGUUGUUCUCAAGAGGUAGGGGGGACUUGGGGAUUGGGUCGAGAAGACACGUAUGGUCGGGCGUAGGCGGCUUUAGAAGUCAGCUAUGGACCACGAGCUAGCAGAGUGGACGCCUUUCCGGCUGUUCACAAGAGAGUCUCUCUUUACCAUCGACCGCCGCAUUGCAGAGGAGGAAGCUGCCAAGCAUGCGGAGAAGGCUCCCCCGGAGUCGGACGACGAUGAUGAGGAGUUGGAUGAGCCGAGCCACCAUGAGGAAAACCUCAAGCCUAACCCAAAGUUGGAGGCGGGCCGUAAGUUACCACCCUCCCUGGAGGACUACCCACGCGAGUACGUGGGCAAACCACUGGAGGACCUGGACGAGUUCUAUCACAACCAGAAGACGUUUGUGGUCCUCAACAAAGACAAGGCCAUCUUCCGAUUUAGCGCCACCGACGCCAUCUUUCUCCUGUCGCCCUUCAACCCUAUUCGCCGUAUCGCCAUUUACAUCCUAGUUCAUCCAAUUUUCAGUCUGUUAGUCAUGAUGACCAUUUUAGUAAACUGCGUCUUUAUGGCCAUUACGUCCUACACUCCGCCAGCUUUUGUGGAGCACAUCUUUCUGGGCAUCUACACCGUGGAGGCCGUUGUGAAGGUACUUUCCAGGGGGUUUGUCCUCAAACCCUUCACCUACCUGCGGGACCCCUGGAAUUGGCUGGACUUCUUUGUCAUAUCUAUUGCAUAUAUGACGAUGACGGUCAAGUCGUUUGGGAACCUGCAGGCGUUGAGGACAUUCCGAGUACUGAGGGCUCUCAAGACUAUCUCCGUCAUACCAGGCCUCAAGACGAUCGUCGGUGCCUUACUGGAGGCCGUACGCCGGCUUCGUGACGUAAUGAUCCUAACCGUGUUCGUCCUGUCCAUCUUCGCGCUGAUCGGCAUGCAGCUCUACUCCGGGGCUCUGCGGCAGAAGUGUGUGCUCAACCCUGUGCCGGAGCUGGGCACCAACAUCACUCACGACGAGUGGAACGAUUGGGUCAACAAUGAGUCUCACUGGCAGAAAGACUUUUACGACGAGUGGCAAGUCUGCGGAAAUGGCACAGGGGCAGGGAAAUGUGGCAACGGGACCAUCAACGGUACUGCAGAGUGGCUCUGUCUUCCUAACAUUGGUCAGAACCCUAACCACGACUUCACCAGCUUUGACAACUUCGGCAUGGCUUUGCUGUGUGCUUUCAGGCUCAUGACACAAGACUUCUGGGAGAGCCUCUACCACCUGGAGGAAGAGGCACGGAAGGAGGCCCUCAGCAUCAUGACAAAGAGCCCCAGUAAUUCCUCCUGGAACAAUGACUUCGAGGCUGGGGUUCGAACCGCUGGCGACAAGGCUGAGGAGAAGGAGCGCCUCUCACUUACCAGUGACCAUUCAGCCACUAGUGCUCACCUCAAGCCCAGCAGACUCAACCAGAAACGGCAUAGCCUCAGUCUGCCUGGCUCCCCCUACAUACAUCGGAGGAACAGCAGAGGCAGCCAAUACAGCUGGCGAAAGCCUGUGCCAACAGCGAAAAGGUCACCGUAUUGCCCGGAUCGCCAGCCACUGGUGCACCACACUUUGGAAAACCUCCCUCUCCCAUUCGCGGAUGACUCAGCGGCCGUCACUCCUUCUUCUGAAGAUCUAUGCAACUUUAGUUUUAUCCGGAACAUGCCGAACGGAAGGCGCUUCAGCUUCGCCUCACAGCGCAGGCCUGACGGGACCGGGCGCUCCGGAAGUAGACGCAGCAGCUUUGCGUCCAAUCACAGCCGAGCAUCACGCACCAGCAGGGGUUCCGGGCAGGGGGAUCGUACCAAGACGCAGACGUUACUGAAUUUCAAGAAAGGCAAAGUCCCGGAUGUGGUAUUAGACAAGUCAAAGCUGGAUGAUGACCAGGACUCUGUGAGCAGCGGUGGCUCUGGCCACUGUCCGGAGAAAGAUAAGGCAUCGGAGAGUAACCCAUUCUUGAGUCACUCCCCGGGAGGACCCAACGUUGAGAUGAAAGGUUUUGUGAGUAUGACAAGCAUCCAUCAGCGCACCAUGAAGGACAUCAUGUGGAAGUAUUUCUGUACCUGGGACUGCCACCCUAACUUUCAGAAGCUCCAGCGACUGGUCAGUCUCUUCAUCAUGGACGCCUUUGUGGACUUGUUCAUCACCAUCUGCAUUCUGGUCAACACUGCAUUCAUGGCCAUGGAGCACUAUGACAUGGAGGAUGACCUCAAGGCUGUCUCCAACGCCGCAAACUUGGUGUUCACGGCUAUCUUUGCUGUGGAAGCAUUCCUCAAGAUCCUUGCUCUGAGCCCUGUCAUAUACUUCAAGGACGGCUGGAACAUCUUUGACUCCAUAAUCGUGGCUCUGUCCCUAAUGGAGCUUAGUAUGACCAAACUACCAGGUCUCUCUGUCCUGAGAGCAUUCAGGCUGCUACGAGUGUUCAAACUAGCCAAGUCCUGGCCCACCCUAAACAUGCUGAUUGCCAUUGUGGGUCGCACCAUGGGAGCCCUGGGUAACCUGAUCAUUGUCCUAGGCAUCAUCAUCUUCAUCUUUGCCGUCAUGGGACAGCAGCUUUUCUCGUCAGACUACAAGACCUAUGAGAGGGAAAUUGAUGCCUGGGGGAACGUUACCAUCAACAAGGACAAAAUGCCCAGGUGGAAUUUCAACGACUUCUUACAUUCGUUCAUGAUCGUGUUCCGCGUGCUGUGUGGAGAGUGGAUAGAGUCCAUGUGGGGCUGCUAUCUAGUGUCCGGCUGGGCUUGUGUGCCCUUCUUCUUGCUCACCUAUGUUGUAGGGAACCUUGUGGUGCUGAAUCUUUUCCUUGCUCUGUUGCUCAGCUCAUUUGGAUCAGAAAGUUUACAGCGCUCGGAGUCUGAUGAUGAGCCAAGCAAGAUUGCAGAGGCCAUUGAUCGUUUCCAGGCCCUGGAAGAUGCAUACCUGCAUGAGAAACCAAUUCUGAAGGAAAUCCUGGAAUAUUUGGACAAAGUCUUCACUGCCAUCUUUAUUAUUGAGAUGUUGAUCAAGUGGCUGGCAUUUGGAUUCAAAACCUACUUCACAGAUGCAUGGUGCUGGCUAGACUUCACAAUUGUCAUGUUGUCCAUUGUGAUGCUGGUGGCAGAUCUGACGGCCUCUGAGGAAGGUGGAGGAAGCAUGAGCUGGAUGAAAUCCAUGAGGACGCUGAGAGCGUUACGUCCCCUCAGAGCUGUCAGUCGAUGGGAGGGCAUGAGAGUGGUUGUGAAUGCUCUGUUCAAGGCGAUUCCCUCCAUUUGCAAUGUGUUGCUGGUGUGUCUCGUGUUCUGGCUAAUCUUUGGUAUCAUGGGAGUACAACUCUUCAAUGGAAAGUUCCAUGCCUGCAGGGACGAAAAGGGAGACAAAUAUCCCAGAGAGGAAGUCCCAAACAAAACAGUCUGCAUUGACAAGGGAUACAACUGGACCAAUGCCCAGAUCAAUUUUGAUCAUGUGCUCUCCGCAUAUUUGGCUUUGUUUCAAGUGGCAACUUACAAGGGCUGGAUUGACAUUAUGAAUAAUGCAAUAGAUUCGACAGAAAUCGGCCAGCAACCGUCGCGAGAAGAGAAUGUUAUCAUGUACCUGUUCUUCGUCCUUUUCAUUGUCUUUUGCUCUUUCUUCACUCUCAACCUCUUCAUUGGUGUCAUUAUUGAGAAUUUCAACUCACAGAAAAAGAAGGCUGGAGGAUCUUUGGAGAUGUUCAUGACAGAAGACCAGAAGAAGUAUUACAAUGCCAUGAAACGAAUGCAGUCCAAGUCACCACAAAAGUCUAUACCUAGGCCCAAGUAUAAGCUGGCAGGGCUCAUCUUCGACAUCACGACUGACCAGAAGUUUGACAUUGCCAUCAUGGUCAUCAUCAUCCUCAACAUGUUGACCAUGAUGUUUGAGCACCAUGGCAUGUCGGCUCAGAUGAAGAACAUCCUGGGUAUCUUCAAUCUCAUCUUCAUCACCAUCUUUACCGCCGAAUGCGUUCUCAAGCUGAUAGGGCUGCGGUGGUACUACUUCAAGAUUCCAUGGAACGUCUUCGACUUUGUUGUUGUGGUCUUGUCUAUUUUAGCUUCCUCCUUGUCUGAGUUUGAGGACAGCUUCUUCAUCUCGCCAACUUUGCUCAGGGUCAUCCGAGUGUUCCGCGUGGGUCGUGUGCUGCGAUUGGUCAAGUCUGCUAAAGGCAUACGCACAUUGCUGUUCUCGAUGGCCGUGUCCCUUCCCGCCUUGUUCAACAUCGGGCUUCUGCUAGGCCUCAUCAUGUUCAUUUAUGCCAUCAUGGGCAUGAACUUCUUCAUGGGUGCCGAGCAGAAGUACGGUCUAGACGACGCGUUCAACUUUGACACAUUCUUGCGUAGUUUCAUCCUCUUGUUUCAAAUGUGCACCAGUGCGGGAUGGAGUGAUGUGUUGAAUGGUUUGAUAGCCAGAUGCGCACCAGAGGGUACUUGCAAAGACUACAACGUAGCGACCAUCUACCUGGCUACUUACCUUGUAGUCUCCUUCCUUGUUGUGGUCAACAUGUACAUCGCAGUCAUCUUGGAGAACUUCAGUCAGGCCACAGAGGAUGAACAGCAGGGACUGACGCCCGACGACUUCGACAUGUACUAUGAGAAGUGGGAGAAAUAUGAUCCAAAAGCCAGCAAGUACAUUCCCCUGGAUCAGCUCUCCGACUUUGUGGAUUACUUAGAGGAGCCCUUGAGGCUACCCAAGCCCAAUCAUUUCAUUCUGGUCAAGUUGGAUAUACCUAUCUGUGAAAACGAUCGUUGCUACUGCCGGGAUAUACUGGAUGCUUUGACCAAGAAUUUCCUCGGCACUGGAGAGACGUCAGAUAUCCCACAAAAGGAAACUGACAAGGAGAAAGAGGAGUAUAAGCCCAUCAGUAGUACUCUAAGGCGGCAGAAGGAGCAUUAUGCAGCCAGGAUCAUCCAAAAGGCGUACAGGAAUUUCAAAGGAAUAACCUUCGGAGAUGGAACAGGGAGCAGUGGCAAAGAUGAGGACACACGUAGUUCAAAAAGUGAUGAUGAUAACGAUGACGAUAAUGGUGGUGAUGGCCGAGGUGGAGGAAUGAACGGCACUCGAGGUGGACGUCGGCAUGGGGCUGAGAAUGGUGAGAAAACCAAGGACAGGGAUGGGUCAAAGAGGGAUGGGAAGGACAGUCCAUCCAAGGAUAGUAACGAUGACAGCUCCCAGCAAGCUCAAGACAAGCCGAAAGAGACAGAGGAUGAGGAGCAACGUCUGCAGGAUAGCGGCAUUGUCAUUGUCAAUGAGACAGAUGCAGAUCCCAAAACUGUGGAGCUGGGGCCUGACAGUGGGGUGGUGGCGUAAGAGCGAUGUCUUGGCACAACAAGCUUGCAGUGGCGUAGGUUCUAAUAUUUUUGCUUUCUCAAUCCCUUACGUAAAACUUUGCCUUGACUGAACAAGU